AAAAAAUUCUGGAGAAAUGUGGAAUGACAAGAUUUUUAUGAACCAUCUGAAGCAAAUACAUGCUCAUACCCUUAGAAAUGGCAUUGACCAAACAAAAUUCCUCAUUACCAAGCUACUUCAAAUUCCUGACAUCCCAUAUGCCCAGGCACUGUUCAAUCUUAUUCCCAAACCAAGUGGCUUCCUGUAUAACAAACUCAUCCAAGCUUAUUCCUCUCAUGGACCUUUUGAACUCUGUUUCUCCCUUUACAAGCGGAUGCGCCAGGAAUGUUGCCCACCGAACCCACAUACUUUUACCUUCCUCUUCACUGCAUAUGCUUCGCUCUCCUCACUUCGACAAGGCCAAAUGCUCCAUACCCAGUUCAUAAAAUUUGGGUUGGAGUAUGAUCAGUUUAUCUUGACAGCUAUGAUUGACAUGUAUUCAAAAUCAGGCUUGUUAGCCUCAGCACGCCAGGUUUUUAAUGAAAUGAGCGAGAGAGAUAUACCCUCAUGGAACUCAAUGGUCACGGGUUAUGCAAGAUGCGGGAAGUUAGCAGAAGCAAGAGAAUUGUUUGCGUCGAUGCCUUCAAGGAAUGUGGUUUCUUGGACUGGCAUGAUAUCUGGUUAUUCUCAAAAUGGACAGUAUGAGGAGGCCCUUGCGUUGUUUAUAGAGAUGAUGGAGAAGAAGGAUGCAAGGCCAAAUUUUGUGACCAUAGCAAGUGUCCUUCCAGCUUGUGCUAAUCUUGGGGCAUUGGAGAUAGGUGAGAAGAUUGAAGGGUAUGCUAGAGAGAAUGGGUUCAUGAGAAAUGUUUUUGUGAGUCAUGGGUUGUUGGAGAUGUAUGCAAAGUGUGGUAGAAUAGAUAAAGCAAGAAGGAUGUUUGAUGAGAUUGGUAGUGGAAGGAAUUUGUGCUGCUGGAAUACAAUGAUCAUGGGCUUGGCCAUCCAUGGUAGGUGGAAAGAGGGUCUAGAGCUCUUUGAUGGAAUGCUGAUAAAUGGGACUGCACCAGAUGACAUUACAUUCGUGGGACUUCUUUUGGCAUGCACUCAUGGAGGGUUGCUUGCACAAGGGCGAAAAUUAUUUGAAUCUAUGGAGAGAGACUUCUCUAUAACUCCAAAAUUGGAACACUAUGGGUGCAUGGUUGAUCUCUUAGGUCGUGCUGGGGAGUUGAAAGAAGCUUAUGCUCUGAUAAAGAGCAUGCCAAUGAAGCCUGAUGCAGUGAUAUGGGGGACUCUAUUGGGGGCUUGUAGUUUCCAUGGUUCUGUUCAGCUGGCUGAAAAAGCGGCAGAGUCUCUCUUUGAUCUUGAGCCAUGGAAUGCAGGGAACUAUGUGAUCCUUGCAAAUAUAUAUGCAUCAACAGGUCAAUGGGAUGGCGUUGCAAAAGUGAGGAAGCGUAUGAAGUGCAACCAAGUUACAAAGGCAGCAGGAUAUAGUGUAAUUGAAGAGAAUGGAUGCCUUCACCAGUUUAUUGUUGAGGAUAGAUCACAUCCAAGAUCUAAUGAGAUUUAUGAACUGUUAGAUGAGAUUUCAGCAAAGAUGAAGCUACUUGGGUGCUUGAUGAAUUUUGAUUCUGAUGUUGAGAAUGACUGUAUAAUGGAAGGUCAAUUCUAGCAUGCUCUGAAUGAAUUUCUCGAUAAAAAGGUCUAUGACAUUGCCUUUCUCAUACCAA